AACAAACUCCUGCUGCCUGUGAGUGUUGAACCCAUUGUGUUUAUAUCCGCUGUUCUAAUGCGAGUGUGAGGAGGCACAAGAGAAGAAGAGUUUGGGGAACCAUGUCUGAGCUGAGCGAUGAGGCCAGUGAGUCGGAGCAGCUGGGGGUCAGCCUCUCCCUGUGGCUGGGGGAGACCCUGGUGCGACCCGAGGAGCUGGACGUGCCCCUGGACCUCCACACCGCCUGCUCCAUCGGCCAGUACGACGUGGUGGCAGAGGGCAUCAAGAAACGUGAGGUGAAUCUGGACGGCAAGAACAUCGGAGGAUGGACGCCGCUCAUGUACGCAGCGUACAUCGGACACGACAACAUCGCGAAUCUCCUGCUGGAGGCCGGAGUGAACAUCAACGCCACCACGGCCAAAGGUCUAACACCACUGAUGCUGGCAGCCAGCUGUGGCAAUGAAAGCAUCGCCUACUUCCUGCUUCAGCAUGGUGCGGAGUUGGAGCUGAAGGACUCUCUGGGCUGGACGGCUCUGUUACACUGCACGAGCACCGGCCACCAGCAGAUGGUCAAGUUCCUACUGGACAACAAGGCCGACGCCAAUGUCAAGGAGCCAGGGUCUGGUUUCACUCCCCUGAUGGAGGCUGCUGCUUCUGGACAUGAAAUCAUACUUCAGUACCUGCUUGAUCACAAAGUUAAAGUAGAUGACCGCAAUGCUAAGGGAGAGACUGCCCGUGCCCUAGCAAUGAUGUACGGCUACACCAAGAUCGUCAGCCUCAUUGACUCACGUUCACCAAGAAGCAAACCAGGACGCUUUGAAGACCCGAGCUCCUCUGAAGACUCAGACAGUGCACCGCCGAGGAUAAGGCCCAGUCGAAACCGAGCUAAAGGCAUUAGCAUCCACGAUGGGCCCCAGGCCAUUGCCAAGUUUCGAGUAGGAGGCCCCAGCAAACCAUGUGAGCCUCCUGCUGUGCCGCCAGGCUACGUGACCUUCCGUGAUAUUGGUGAACAGACUGAGGGCCUCUGCCACCGGGACGUGACGUCGCCUAUCAAUGAGCUGGACGGCCAGAGCAACAGCAGCAGAGAUGAUAGUCCAUUCUUUGACAAUGACAUGCCCACCAUGAGGAGCAGCAGUAGCAGCAGCGAAGGCCUGCCUCAGGUGAUCGGCCUCAAGUGGGAAGGCUCUGUGGAAAGCAACGAGGACUCCGACCAGUGCAAAAAGAGCAGCUCCCGCCGGGUAAACAAGGGUUAUCACUCAAAAGGCAAGAGUCGCCAUGGAAUCAGCGAGGCAGCUCAGUCCAGUGCUGCAGGGAACUGUGGGAUCCGCCCGCAUGUUGUUCCUCCACCUUCCUACUCCGGCCCAAAGGAUCUGUCUGAUUUUUUGGAGCAAAUCGGCUUCUCAAAGUAUCUCCCGUUACUUGUGGAGCAAGACAUUGAUCUGCGGAUAUUUCUCACCCUGACUGAAAAUGAUCUCAAAGAAAUAGGAAUCACAUUGUUUGGACCCAAGCGUAAGAUGACUUCGGGUAUUGCAAGGUGGCACAGCAGCGCUCGACCCCCCAGUGAUGCUCUGGAACAGGCUUAUGCCGACCAACUUGAGGCUGAGAUGCAGGAGAUGGCCAUUCAACUACACAAGCACUGCGAGGAGGCGGAGAGCCUGCAGAGCCAGGUGUCUCAGGAGAAGGAACUGCGCACUGUGAUGGAGGGAUGCCUGAUGGAGGACAAAAUGGCCUGGAGGCGGGUCCAUACUGAGCUGGUGGAGAACCACCGGCUGACUCAGGACAUGAGCGCCACACUAGCGAAGGCUAGGACCUGCUGUGCUGAACUGCUCUCCUGCUUUACUACUGAUGGUAAUGGCAGCGCUUAUACUGGUGUGGAAGAUAAAGCAAAGGAUGAUGUCAGUGUUAAAGUAGCCGCGGACAGCCUGAAAUGCUCCAGUGUUGUCGAGCUAAUCAAGAAGCUGGAUUCCUAUGAAGAUCAGCUUGAAGGGACCCUGAAAACCGUGCAGCAGAGCCUGAGGCGACUGAGUGCCCCUGAAAAAGUGUCGGACAGCUGGGAACGGCCUUAACAUGUCCAGGGAUUUCUGCCAAUAUUCGACAGAGGGUGAUCUCACCUCCACCCUGUACAAGCGCACUGCAAUGGGAGGCCAAAGAUGAGGACAGCCCCCCCAACCCCCAUGGGCUCGACGCAGCAGACCUGCCACCGUAUUGGUAAGGGUGAUAGACCCGAGCACCCUGGAUGUGGACAAGGCCACGGUUAACGGCAGCUGCUGCAAGGAAAUGACAAGCAGGCAGGAAGGGCACCUGACCCCCCCCCCCCCACACGCUUGUGCUGGUGAUUGCUAGACUUUGCUAGUUGCGUUGUGAAAAUGCACAGCGAGGAGGUGGAGCUGAUCAAGGAUCAGUGGCUGAAAUACUGUGAAACAUUUCUCUCUCCUGGAUAUAAAAUGUGGUUUGAAUAUGCCACCAGGAGAAGAGGUAAAUUUCUUAAAAGUAGAGAAGUCAGUUCAAGUAAGUUCUGCAGUGAUACUUCGUGAUUCAAAUGAAAUCUUCUCAUUUGUAUGCUGUUUGAAUAUAAUGUCCUGCUGAAUGCAUUUCAAGGAGCUGAAGAUAAAGACGUUAAAGUUACAGCAAUUUACAAUCCGUCUGUGAUCUAGGGUUGGAUAUUGUUUUCAAUUUUAAUGAUUCCAAUUCCGGGUCUUAAUGAUUCUUGAUUCCAAUUCUUGGGGUCAAAACAUUUUACGUGACGCUUUCACAAAAAACUGUUUUUACAAACUUUUACACAAUUCACCUUCACAACUGACUUCAGUGCAGAGAACCUGGAAAUGAAUUUAAAACGGUUGCUGUUAUUAGGGCUCCGAGCACUGACAGUGCGACGACCCUAUUGUUUUUGCUUCGAUUAUUAAAUGAUAUGAUUCAAUCUUUUUUUUUUUGCCCGUCAAUGCAGUGUAUCUAACAUCGAAAACCUGAAGUGACAACACAGCAACAGUCGAUUAAUUUCCACCUUAGAAAGCUGCAGUGUGUGGGUGUUUAUGAGAGAGAAGGAGGAACGUCUGUGUGUGGUGCUUGCAACUGAUCCAAAUAAGAAUAAGACAAAUGUUACUUAAUUUUCAUUUACCUGAUUGCAACAAGGUCCUGGCUGUUGGCUGAGGAGGACGACUGGUGUGUAGUCAUGUUAGUUUUCCAUCCUCCCUUGCAUGAAAUAAGUGGCACCGGUGUUGCACUGUGCAGACCCGUCAUCUUUUGAACACUUCCUGGCUCCAUGAUGACGCUCAUGGGCGGCUCUUCCCAGACUUUUGUGCUCGCCCGUAAGUUCAUCUUCAAAUAGUUCUGCUUUGGGCAGAAUGGUCCAUUCCAGAGAGAGCACCAAGGCCAGUGUAGCUUGGGAGAUGCUGUGAUGCUUUUAGGAACCGACAAGCAGAAUCAGAACUUACAUUUCUUAAUGAGUCCAUUUGAAUUGGAAAUCUGGAAACGCUUUUCGGUGCCCACCCGACUGUGGACAGUUAGGAGUCAAAUUAACCCAGAGCUGAGACUUUUAUCUGUGCAAAAUACAAGUUUUAAUUCUUUUUCAAAGCACAAAUAAUUGAGCAGUUUCAGAUUUCACUCAGUGAUGCUGUCAAGUAGGUCAUCUUGUGGAUUCAUUGUGUCUUCUAUAGCAAGAUCCUGUUUUACCAUGAACUCCUUCAGUCUUUUCAAAGCUGGAUAUCCAUGGAUGUAUAAACUCAAAUAAAACCCAGUUUCCUUAAAGUAAA